AUUAACAAGUGGCUGUUACAAGCUCAGUCACUAUGCACGACGCAAAUCAUUUAGAUGGCCUAACAAAGUUUAUAGAUAUGCCUUAAAGAGCACGCCAAUUUUUUAAAAUAAUGUAACGUGUAUAUACUAUAAUUUCAAGGGAUAUGGACCCAGAAAGUAUAGGAAAAGAAACAAUUGUAAGAGUAACUGAUUGGUUACGUGGAAUGUGGGAAAUGAGACGUCGUAAUAGCCCAGUUCAACAAUGGGUUGAUUCUAUACCAUCACCUAUAAAAUCAAGUGUACCUAUCUCAAUUGAUGUUAAGUCUAGCACUUCGGUAAUACCUACACCAGCUAAAGACAUUCCAGUUUUAAAGGGAAACUAUUCCAAGAUUCCUACUAUGACUGUAUCAGCUCCUAUAAAUGUGCCUGGCUCAUCAGCAGUCAAUAUGUCAACUAAAAUACCUAGUUCUCUUCCUCAUGGUAGACUUGCACGAGACCAAAGUUUUCAAUCAGAUAGUAGCCAUUGCAGUAGUAUAGAAAGUUUAUUAGAACUGAGAAAAGCAGAUCCUGAAGCAGUUUUACUUAGUCUUGGAUUUGGUGGUUGUUCCAAUAGUCCUCAGGAAAGUGGUCCAUUAUCUCGUAUACCUAAAAGGUUUUUACAACCAUCAAAAUUAAAAGGAAUUGCUAUAAACGACUUUGUUAAACAGCAACAAGAAACAAGUGAAUCAUUUGAUUCCGUAUCUUUGGGAUACAGGGGUCUAACAGGUUCGCCAUAUGUAGCACCAUCUGAAAUAGUCCAAAAAAUUAUGGAACGAUUACGCGAGCACGAAUCACAUGAAAUGGAUGCUUAUGCAAUAUACAAUCCUUAUGAACAAUAUAACAAAAUAUAUCCGCAACCCAGACAUUCCGUAUUAUCACCGGACAAUAGACAAUUUUUGGACCAGCCACGAUCAAAAAGCCCUGAUAUGCGUAAUAAGCGCAUGAUUAUUGGACAAAAGUCUUUUGCUUUUGGACAUAAUGGUGAUUUAAUUGAGAUAUGCUUACCAAAUACAAAAAAAACAACAUCACAUGAAAAGGUGAAUGAUUACUGUACUAUUAACGAUAUUUCUAAAUUAAGAGAAUUAAAGGAAAUGCAUAUAAAGCCAGAAAAAUCAUCUAUUAAUAAAUCAGAUGAAUCUAUCAAGAGGAAUUUAUCUGAUCAAUUUAAUGAUAGUACAGAAUUUUUUGGAACUGACGAAUUAUCAAGUAAUUAUUUCGAUGACCAAGUAACUCUUAAUAUGAAAUAUAAAACUAGAGAAAAAGAGCAUUCCAAAUCAAUUGCUAUUAUAACAGAGAAAGAUGACAAUAUUUUCUCUAAACAUGUUGGUACUCGACGUGCUAGUGAAGGAUAUAAUGAAGUUAAUUUAGGAGAGAAUAGUAUCAUCCCGGAUGGUAGAAGAUUUAGUGAUAGUAUAAUCAUGAAAAACCAAAUUAAUGAAAGUUUAUUAGAUAAAAGAAGAGGUUUGAAACGUCAGGCAAGAGUAAAUGAAUUGGAUGCAGAAAGUUUCUAUCGUUCAAACCUAAUAAUAUCUAAAGCAUCGCAAGAUAAAGAAUCUGAAUCUGAUUUAUCAUUUGAUUCAUAUGCAACAUCAGAAAAAAUAAUAGACAUCAAAAAAUUAAAUUCUACUGUAGAAUCUACAGAUGAAGACGAGUGUUUAAGUACAGAAAAGACCAACGAAAAUUACGGUCCAUUUAAUACUUAUAAAUAUUCUCCAAGUGUAAGCACAAAUACCUCAAGUACAUCUACAACGACUUUAUUAAAGACAAAAGAUAAAUGUUGUAAAAAGAAAAAUCGAACUUGCGAUUGCAAAGAAAAAAUAGAUCAUAUUUAUAGAACUGAAGACAUGCAUGCAGAUUGUUGCUGUCAAUUCGAUGAUAGUAAAUGCUGGGAGAAAGUAGAAAAAAUAAUGCAAGAAAAUAAAAAAUUAGAGGAUAUUGUAGCAAAAAGCAGAAUAGAAAUGGCAGAAAUCCGUGAUAUGUUAAAUAAUGUUUUAUCCGUCAGAAUGGAACCUGGUUUUUGAUAGUAUAAUCGAAAGAUCUAUUUAAAUUAAUUUGUAGCGGGUAUUAAUUGUUUAAUAGAUAAUAAUUAUUUAACAGCAUAUAAACAACAAACAAUAAUAUAUUGUAGGAAGCAAUCUAAGAUAUUUUUAAAUGCUUUUUUCUAAAUACUUUUAUGAAAUCUUUUUUUAUAGAUAAUAGAAAUAAGAGGCUACAAUCUAAUAGAGAAUAACUAAGAUAGAUUAGUUUGCUAAAAAGUUAGUUGAAUUGUCAGCAAUAAACGUGCUAAAAUCUGAAUAUAUAGAAAAUGUUAUAGGCCUAUUAUUUGCCUAUUUUUAUGUGCAAAAAUAUAUAUACAUGCAAUGUAUAUACAAAUAUCUUAAAAAAAAAAAAAAAGAAAAGAAAGAAAGAAAGAAAGAAAAAAAAACAUCUUCGCGAUACCAAUUACGUACAUCGUACGUAUAUAUACGCGGUAUGUAACAGUGUUUUAUUUUUUAAUUGUUAUUAUUUUAAUAUGGGGCUGUGGAUAAAUACGAAAAGAUAUAUUGCUUUAUUAUCCAAUAUUUUCAAAAUAUGGAUAUUGUUAAAUAUUUUCGUAAGUCAUGAUUUUAGAGCGACAAUGUCUCAAUAUAACAUUUGUGUUAUAGUGUAUACAAUAGUUAUUAUUAUUAAAAAUUUUUAAUAUUUUUAAUUGACACUAAUAAAUUAUAAAUUGUUUUUUUAA